AUGGGAAUGUUGGGAAAAGUUUUGUGUAUGGUCGCCUGUGCUCUGGGUGUCAUGUGCACUUUAGCUGCCAUUAUCGAACAAAAGGAUGAAUUUCGAAAUGAUUAUCUAUCUGAUGCGGCAAAAGCAUCGUUAGGUUGCCUGGUAAUCGCAUUCUUCAUUUUUGCCGGUGCACUGGUAUUCCUCUUCAUCACUUUGUGUUGUGCAUGCAGUGAUGUGUGCAUGGGAACAAUUAUCGCGGUGGCCGGUGUUUUUGGCUGUAUAUUCGCCGCUGUUUCAUAUGGGACAUUCCACAAGUAUGACAUUGACAGUCGUCGACAAGUCCCUGUGGUCGGUGAAUGGCUUUUUGGUGGUCUGCUAACCGGAGCGACCGUCUUCCUUGUUGCAAUUACCAUGGCAGUCGGUUAA